AUGGAGGACCUUCUCACACCCCUAAGCCAAACCUAUCGGAAGCCUGAUCGAGACACUGAGCUUUGGACCCUCUCCGCACCACCUAAAGCUGAGCUGCCUUCACGACCAGACUUCAAGGGUUCAUCGCCGGAAGAGGCUCUAGAGACGUUGAGAAGUCAACCUGGCUACGAGGAACUUGUUGUUGUGCUCGACUAUCUGCGACGAGGCUUAGAAGGGAAACAUGCAUUCAAUGUUCUUCAGCCGAGUCCUCAGGGAGCACAAAUAGUUCAUGUACUAGUGGCUGAAAUACUGCCCAAUUAUUGGGCCGUAGUCAAAGAGAACUCUCCAGACAACGAGAGAAACCACGACUUAGAUCUCCUGCUCAACUGUCUGCUGAGUGUGACUGGCAUCAAUGCAACCCUGGCUUCCUUGAAAACUCUGCUGCAACAGAUCAAAAGCGACCCCAAAGGCGUCAAGCAGUCGCAUUUUAAUCUAAACCUUGGUAUCGCACUCGACUUCCUUGACCACCUACUCAUAGGGAACAAUAAAGUACGAAAGAUAUGGCAUGGGGUCAAGUCAAGUGAUGAGAAUCUUGGCAGAGCUCGGGCACUCCGACAGGAAUUCAUUUCUCUGAUUGCGAGCGGGAAGAUCGUGUCCCUAUCAGCAGAAGCCGAGGCCAUACUCCAAGCGGCCGACAAGCUUGAAAAGCCGUACUGGUUUGCCGAUAAUAAAAAGUACGUGAAAUGGCUGGGAGAUAAUCUGGUACCAUGGAUCAGAGUCGACGGAGACAAUGCCGUCAGAAUCUGCGCCGACGUGUUCACGCGGGCAUUGAAACUAGGACACGCAGACACACUGGUUGAGCCUCUGUACGAAGCACUGAUCUUACAAGAUGAAAGACCACAAUUCUUUUCACAAUUGCUUGACCACAUACCUCAACUCGAUCAACGCAAAGUUUUGGGUGUCGUCUUGAAAGUCCUUAGUUCUCGGCUAGACAAUGACAUCGAUGAGUCCACCGAGGACUGUCCCUUGAUAUGGGCUGCAGCUGGUGUCUUGGAUGCGGUUGUAGGAGCAAGCGAAGUCCGUAAAGGCCACCUCGUAGCCUGGCUUACAGAUGCCACUGGAGCAGGUCUAGGCGAAAGCUGCGGCAUCAGAAGGGCUGCUGUAGCUGUCUUGGGUGGAAAUAAGGAAAGGGUCACCACCGUGCUAGAAAAGAGUCUUAACCAAUUUGGAGACCAGCUGUACGUCAAGCAUUCACCUAUACUACAACAAGAAGCGCAUGCUCAGGUUCUGUUAUUGAGUGCCGGCUAUGUAUACAGAAUCUCGCCAAUUAAGCUCACCAUACUUCUCCGCACUGGCAGCUAUCUAAAUGCCAUAUCCAAUCGAAUUGGUGCGUCUCAGGAUAGAGCCAAGUUCCUCGGCAUGGUAGUCGGCGAAGCUUUGUCCGGCAUGGUCCAUGGUGGAGAUCAGAAAUUAGAUUUCAAGAUGGAUGAAAUGAGCUCAGACGAUGCGAAGUGGUAUAAAUCUCUGCUCCUUAUUUCUGAUGAAAUUGGACCCAUAAGCCCUUUGAGAGUCCAAGAUGUCUCAGAGAAGCCGCCCACAGAAGCUCAUAAGUCAAUCAGCUCCACGCAGAAAACAUCGAUACGUGUGCCACAAUCAGCGCCGAAGUCAGGCUUCAUCAUCGAAGAAAUCGAAGACGAUGAAGAAGAGGAGGACGAUGACCUUGUCCCUUACGGCAAACCAGACUCGGAUGCGGAAGACUCUGAUGACGAUCCAACACUUAUCAGCAGGGAUAAGCCCAAGGCGCCUGUCUAUAUUCGAGAUCUAAUCGCACUCUUCCGAGAUACUGAGAACUAUGAUCGCCAGAAGCUAGCUUUGGCUACAGCUCCUAUUCUGAUUCGGCGAAAAGCCAAUUACGGAACUGAAGUAAGCUCACAUGCUGAAGAGCUUGCGACGCUGCUGGUGGGCCUCUCCGAUAAGUACGACCUCGAUGACUUUGAUAGUCAACGCCAGCAAGGGAUGGUGGCCAUUAUUGUCGCGCAGCCUCAGAAAAUGGGCCGGUGGUUUGCCAAGACGUUUUUCGAUGGGGACUACUCCCUUUCUCAGCGCGCAUCUAUCCUCAUUGCUCUCGGGCUGAGUGGCCGAGAGAUAGCUGGUUACGAGACGUCUGAUUACUCAUCGGUAUCUUCGUUUCCGUCCAAACAACUACCUAGCAAAGCAGAAAAACACUAUAUCAUGUCACCCUCUUCUAACAAAUAUACCUCAACACCAUCGAACCUGAAAGCGCUUCCCGCCAAUGCCCUAGACAAUAUUUCUCAGUCUCUCUCACAAACAUUCUUGGCACCACUAGCGGCAGAAGCAGCGGACGCAGCAACUGGACCAAACGCACUGAAGCUUUCGACCUUUACCUCGCGACUGCAAGACCCUUCCAAAGUGAAACCGGGAUCUGCCAUCAAGAAGACCGGAAUCCGUAGCAUACCUAACACCACGGCCCAGAUCAUCGCCACAAACUUCUUCUUCCCUCUGACCUCACGCUUCCUUGCCGCGCUGCACUCGCCCUCGGCUGCGAUGCGCGGUAUUCUCUUCCAGCCAUACCUGCUCACCGUAUACCUGAAGACGCUGUCGCUACUCCUCCACGCCGCGGGCCCUUCGACCCUGGCGCUCCCACAGAUGACGUCCGAGUUCUGGGAUCUGCUGCUGGGCGUUCGAGCGCAGUGCGUUGGCGAACAGGGGGUCACCCAGGCUGUUCUCUUCGGCCUCAUGGCGCUCCUGGAUGUCAACGAGGGCGACAUGCGGGGCCUCUGUGAACAACACGGCCGAAAGGUCGUGGAGAGCGUGGAGUGGGUCAGUGGCGUGUUUGACCGCACCAGAGGGGGAGACCAGGGAGGCGACGGAGAGGAGAAUCGGGUCAAGAUGAUGGCGGCGGGUAUCUUGAUCAGGCUCCGGGAGGCGGUGGAAAAGUACAGGAGGUUGUUGAUGGGUGAUAUGAUAGAUGUAGCUUAG